AUGGUGGACCACCAGAACCAGAAUCAGAACUCUGGAUCUUCCUCAUCCUGUGGUCUGAAGGUUCACGCUCCAGCGACAUCGUUCUCCUCCCACAGUCGCUCUCACAAACUCCUCUUUUCCCUCCCGCCCAUCGUCAGAAGCCGGCAGACUCUGAGCAGACAGCUCAGGUUCUCAGAAAUGUACUCUCAGUACUGGGACACGGCCCGGGGACGCAGGCCGGACCACCGGAGGUACACGGUGGUGGAGGGGGACACUCCUCUUCCUCUGGGCUCCACAUGUCGCAGGAAGCGCCUCCGUUCAGUGGGAGAGGAGGACGAGGAGGCUCAGAAGGGCUGUCGGCCCAACCCUGAAGGCUCGCUGUCGGCUGGUGAACUGAGCUGCUAUGGCAGGAGGGAGGAGGAGGUGGAGGAGGAAGAGGAGCAGCAGAGGCUGUGUCAGCACUGCCUCAUCAUGGCCUCACAGCUGAGCAGACAAGCUGCCGCUCUGACCGACAGCGCGGAGCAGAAGAUCGGUGACUGUGACAGGCUGUGCUGUCUCUUCUGCCCCAGGAAAAUGUACCUAGAGAAGAUGCUGGAGCACACUUUCUUGUGUGACUGGCAAUCCUUCUGGUGGAAUAAUGAAGGAUAG